AUGGCGCCCUCCAUGAAGUGCACCACGGGGAUGUGGGCAAUCCAUUUAUUCUUAUGUUUUCUUUUGAAAUUUGUCGAUAUUCAUGCUGCAAAACUGAACGCCCCAAAAUUAUUAUUACCGUUUUAUAGUUCAGUUGUCGUUAACUACACACUGGAAGUGGAAUAUUCGCCAGAAGAAGCUCAGAUAGCCAGCACCUGUUUUCAAUGGCGCUCAUCUCGUCCUGAUGUGGCAGACAUACAUCUCAUUGAAUCUGUCGAUGGAACUUGUGCCCAGGCAGCCAUUAUUUCUGCUGUUUCUAGAACAAAUCAUCAGGUCAGCGCGGUAAUUAUAGCUGAGAAUAAAGUAACCGGUGAAGUGCUGCGCAGUAAUGUCAAUGUGGGAGGAAUUGACCAUGUGCUGAUCAGGACCACCACCAGAAGUUUGUUCUUGGAGGACACUCCUGAGGAACUCAUCAUUGAUGGGUUUGACAGCAGUGGAAACAUGUUCUCCUCACUGCAGGGCAUGUCAUUUGAGUGGAACUUAAUGCUGGAUAAUGAAUCUGGACAAGACGUGCAUGAUGUCAACAACAUUCUCAGGAUCAAGAGGUUCACAGACUCACAUUAUGUAACACCUCCACACAUCAUCCCCCUGGAGGAGCAGGGCCUGUUUGGAGACAUGGUGUUGGUUGAAGGGGUACAGACAGGCAGUGCUAAAGUCUCAGCCAGAUUUAGGGAUCCAGCAUAUAAGAACAUCCAAGCAGAAGAUGUGCGUAUUAUGGUGGUUGCCAACUUAAUGCUGUCGCCCCCUGAUGCCUACCUGCUGGUUCAUGGACGGGUUCAGUACCAGGUGCAGCUGCUCAGACAGAAUACCCUGUCACAAAUCAAGAUGCCAUCGAAGCAGUACUAUCUGUCGGUCACAGAACCCGCUGUCUGUCAACUGGAUGCUCAGACAUCCAUGGCCACAGCUCUGGCUCUGGGCUCUACACAAGUCGUAUUAUAUGACAGAAAUAUUGUUAUCACAGAGUUCUUUCCCCAGCCAACAGCAGUCAUCCAUGUGGUCUCGCCAGCUUACUUGGUGUUUGUGGUUCUUCCGGACAAGAAAUGGGUCCUGCAGACAGGCAGAGAAUAUGAUAUCUACAUUGAGAUUUACGAUAUCGACAGUCACAGGCUGUACCCAUCAGAUAAUGUGCGAGUUGUUGCAGAUUUUCCUGGGCUGUAUUUCCGUGUGUUGUAUUCCAGCAUUAACGGGACAUAUCACAGAGUCAGAGCAUUGCUGAAGGGGCAGACAGCUAUUGAUGGUGUGCUAGCCAGCAUUGUUGGUGAAGCUGGGGUGGAGCAUAAAGUCACACCUGAGGUGAAGCACAGCCAGGAUGUGGAGAUUUAUGACCCUAUAAUAGUCAGACCAUCUCAAGUGAUCUUUCCCUGGGACCCAGUCAGCAGAUGUGUACACACAUUUAAAGCACAUGCAACAGGCGGUAGUGGAGACUACAUCUGGAGUGUCAAAGAAACAGAUGUAGCUUCCGUGAACACUAGAGGACAGAUUACAACUGUGGGGCCUGGACAGUCGAACAUCACAGCUGCUGAUGCGAGAAAUGUGGCUAUUUUUGGAUCGUCCACUGUUUCUGUACUGCCACCUGCAGAGCUCAGUUUUCCUCCAUCUGUUGUGGAAGCAGUUGUGGGCAGCAAGCUUCAUCUUCCACUGUCAGUAGCUGCAAAGAUUGGGGGAGUGAUGGCUACAUUCACAGACUGUCAACAGCUGUAUGUCAAUGUCACCCAGACUGACAUGUCAGUGUUUGAGUAUCUCCCUCAAGAUGAAGAUGCUCCGCGUGACUUACCCGAGAAUGGUUGCAAGUUCCUGUCGUUUAUUGCCAGACAUCAAGGCCACACAGAGGUCAUAGUUACCUACAGAAGCAAGAAUAUUAUGCUGCGAACUGCAGUGACCAUUGCAGCCUUCAAUCCUUUGAAAGCUGUUGACCCUGAACUGGAAGCAGUUGUUGCACUUGGAUCAUCAAAGGAGGUUAUAUUUGUUGGUGGUCCCCAGCCCUGGGUGCUGGAUUCUUCCAGGUUCUUUCAUGAUUUGGAUAAUGUGACCACACUGGAUAAAAUCAGAAUAGAAUGGCAGUCCCCAGGGAUACGUGGUGCCCAUGCUGUCAUGAUCACCUGCCAUGAUCUCUUCAGUCAGGACAUACACAUUUCUGUUGGCAAUCGGAAAACAGCCAAAAAUAGAUUCCCACUCUCCCAGACAGCCUCAGUCAGGUUUGUGUGUGCUGAACCUGUAGAGCUACGCCUGGCACCAGUUCACACAAGCCGUCCUCACCUACCACCCUGCCCUAUACCCCAUGAGAACAAUAUUGCAAUGCCUGCACAUUUUGGGACUGAUCUUGAUCUCGUGGUGACAGUAAUUGACUCAGUUGGGCGUCACUUUGACAACUUCUCCUCCCUAGCCAUAGACUGGACAGUGUCCAAUCCUGAUUUGCUUGAACUGCUUCACCAGAAAGAUUUGAAAACUGAACCUAUUGAUCAUGAAAGAAAAACUGUCUCAGUACUCCAAACUGUACGGCCACACAGGAAGACUGGCGCUGUGCUAGUGACAGCAUCCAUCAACCACUACAAGCCAUGGGUCUCUAAAGUCAUUGCUAGAAAAAUGGACAAGACUUCAUCAGUUAUUAGCAGAUCAUUGGAGUUGCUGUUAGUGGAGGAAGCAGUCCUGUCGCCUUCUUCAGUAUCUGUGUUCAACCAUCCAUCAAACAAGGUCGGUCUCGAAGUCCUACACGGGUCGGGCUAUUUUCAUCUGGAGGUGUUCCAGUCCCAAGUGCUGACAGCCAAGUACAACUACAAGACUAGGACAGUUGAGGUGACACCACUGAAGGAUGGAACUCAGACAUUCACUGUUUAUGACCUCUGCAUUGAUGUGCCUUCUGAUCCAGUGGCCACAGUCUCAGUCUCUGGUGUUAGCAGUGUGCAGAUUUUAGUCACAGACAAGAUUGAAGUCAUGAAAGAAGUCACAGCCAGUGUCCAAGUGUUGGACCUCAAAGGCAAGCCUCUGCUUGCCAGUUUUUUCUCUCUGAUGGAUCUGCAGCUGGAGACAGCCUCAGAUAUUGUCACCAUCAGACCAGACAAUCUCAAUGCUCAAAAAGGUGUGACCAGACACUACACAGUCUAUGGGUCAAUAGUGGGCCACACCACACUGACAGCAACCAUCAAACUGCCCACUGGUCAGCUGGUAUACAGCAGUCCUAAGUCUGUAGAAGUCUUCCCACCGCUUCGUUUGGACCCCAAGAAUAUCACACUGGUGGUUGGAGCUGUGUUUCAGGUGUUAGCAUUUGGUGGGCCUCAGUCACAGAGCAGCAUUGAGUUUAUCAUCACCAACAGCCAGGUAGCUAGUGUCAGCGGUGGAGGAGUGCUGGAUGCUGCAACAGUGGGCACAACCAGGGUCCUUGGCAAGUCCCUGGGCAUUGAUUCAGUGACUGGAGAGAAGGUUGUCUACACACAGGAUGAUGCAGUUGUCAAUGUUGUCAGUCUCAAGGGAAUCAGAAUCCACGUGGCUCUAACCAGGCUACAGACAGGCACCCAGAUGCCUGUCUAUGCUGUUGGGUUGACUGAGCAUCAGACGCCAUUUUCCUUUGGACACUCUGUUCCACCUUUGAUAUUUACCUGGUCAGUGAGUAGCAGGGAGACGCUUCAUCUUCAGUCAGUUUACCACAGGACUGGGAUCCAACCCCCAGCUGAGAAUAAUUUUGCACAACAAGCUGUGGCUAAAAUGUCAGGCCAGGUUACCAUUAAGUUGAAGGUCGAGGCCAGGCCAAAAAGUCGAUUGCAAAUUCCAGGAGGUGUGCUUCAGGAUGAAAUCCAGAUUCAUGUGUUUGAGAAGCUGGCUCUCCUACAGCCUGCCAUCUGCCAUGGACACAUCCUGAUGACACCAAACACUGACACAGUCCUCAAGACCAACAGGGACCAGAAUGCUAGGGUCAGGUUCACAGUGAAGGGCACCAGUUCUGGCAAUGCUGUGGUGCAGCUGCUGGACAAUGGUCAGCUGAGGUCAGGCCCAGCUACUGGAAGUGCCAUCUUACAUGUUGUUGCACAGGAAGAAUUUGCUCUCAACCAAACCCUUGUUGUUCUAGUAAUGGUAAAACCAGUCUCCUAUUUGAUGAUCAACGCAGACUCAGUGUUUGAGACCUCUUACCCCAACCACCUGUCAGCAGUUCCGCUUGGUGCUACAUUGCAGUUCUCUGUCAGUUUCCAUGAUGAUUUUGGAGAUGUGUUUUACGCCACCAAUAGCCAUCUAGGUGUCCGCUGUAGCAGAUCAGACAUCGUCCAGGUCACUGCUGGAGCAACUAAUCAUACACUGGUAAUCUGGGCCACAGAAACUGGUAGCACAGUCCUAAAGGUAUGGGAUCAGCACAGACCAACAGUCACUGAUUAUGUGAGCAUACCUGUUGCAUCUGCUAUUGAGCCUUCCCAGACCACUAUCACGUUGGGCUCUGUCAUCUGCUUUAGUUCACCUAUCAUGGCAGAAAAAGGUACCUGGGGUUGGUGGAAAGCCUCAUCAGGCCUGCUGACGAUGGAUGCCAAGUCUGCUGUUGCUGUGGGAACAGCUGUGGGGCCUGUUACUGUCAUUUACUCAUUCUCACCCCACACAUUCACAAAAACAGAGAUAACGAUAGAGCCUAUUACAUCGAUCAGUGUGGGUCCAGGCACUGGAUACCUGACAAAUUCAGUCAGUAAAGGCAAAAUCCCUUUCUUCCCAGUGUCAUUCAGUGACAGAGGCAAUAUAGUCGGGCCGAACUGUAGCUCAGUGAUCAUCAGAGAGAACUUUAUUCCCCCGUUUAUCCCCUACCUGUGCCACCUGGAGCUGACACAGCCGGACCUGGAUGUUAUCACUGGAGAUCUCUUCACAGUGGCACCUCAUUUUGACAAGGACAAUGGUCUGCAUGGAUGUUUGGUCUCCCAGAACCCAAGCAGUCACCACUCACAGCUGGUUGCUACACUGGACACCAGCUUUGUGCUCUCAGUAAGGGUACCUUCCAGUGCCGGCCAGCCUGAGGUGCUUUCUCAGCCUCUGAUCUUAGAGUUCUUACCAGCUUUCUAUGUACACAACGCUGAAGUACAUCUCAGUACGGUGUCGCCGCUAUCUUCCAUUCGCAUCUCAUCCAGUGCUAAGGUUAUCUCAGAUAUUCAGGUUGUUGUCACUGACCCCAAUCUGAUCCAAGUGCUGAGUCCGGAGCGAGAUUCCAACUCAAACAAUGUGAUCUUGUUUCCUGUCCGACUGCUGGACUCAUUGACACUGUGGGAGAGGGAACACAUAGAUCUAGCAGUGGAUGCCAUACAUACACGUACAGGGCACACAGUUCGAAUCCCUGUCAUUGUCAAGCUCAUUGGACAAAAGCCAAUGAUACCUCAUCUAAACAGCUUGCGCCAGGAGCUCAGCUGGACUAGUCUACUGACUUCGAUGAUCAGCAACUACCAGUCUGGGCUGAUUAUCUGCUUGAUCCUUAUCCUGACAGCUGCAGCCGCCACAAUUGGGUACCAUGCUAUAGCUGGGCCCAAGUACAAGACCACAUCCAACCCCAAUGUCUUCCUCAACACCGGUUCAACCCAGCCAUCACCAGUAUCUUCCUUCAUACAGCCAUCAGUGACAG